AAAAAGAGAUCUAUUAGUAACUCUUUAACAAGCCAAGGAAGUCAACGAAGCAAGCCAGAAGUGGAGAAGGAUGAAAAAGCUCUUGUAAAGACCAAGCCGAAACGUAAAAAAAUGUUAAUUAAAAAGCUGCCUACAAGGUCAACAGCUGGAAAUAUUGAACAAUCCCCUGACGAUGAUGGGAUUUGGUUCGAGUGCAAUGUACCCUUUCGUGUAAAUAUUCCGUUUCCCAUUAGUAUGAAAAAUCUAUUUGGGUCGCAGACAUUUUCGGGCAAUAGCAAUUUACAGAUUUUCAAAGCUCUUGCCCCGACGGGAAUAAUACAGAAAGAUACAAAAAUGAAAUACCCUUUCAAUGUCUCAAUGUGUCCUGCUCUUCCACCGGAAGAUCUUGAAUCUAAUAUGUACACCCCCAAGGCAACAAAGUGCGCCAAGAAAAAGGGAUUGAGACGGGGAAGAAAGCAUUGUCCUUGCGAAACGUCCACCCAAACUAUUGAAGACGAAUCCGAUCCUGUUCUAAGCUGCCUGGAACAAAUUAGAAAACAACUGGCCGCCAAAUCUCCUGAGAUCCAAGAGAAAAACAUCUUUCGUUGCUUUGCUGAAAAGUCCACAAAUGUUAGGAGUAUUCAGAAGCAAACAAAUGAACCGGACGUAGAAAAGGUAAAGGAUUCCGCCUCAAAAGAGACUUUUCAGGACAAAACACCAUCAUCUACAAUGAGCCAAAAAAGUUUAGAAACGACAUCUUUAAAUAUGUUGCCCCUACCAAAUCCAGAGGACACAAAAAUAGAAAACUUGAACAAUGUCCCCAAAACUCCGUCAAAUGCGAACUCUAAGCGUUCAUCAAUCUGCAUAGAAUCUAAAAAAGAAUCACAAGGGAAGAACGAAACAAUUCCAAAUUCAAAUCGGGAAGAUAUAGAAUUACCGAAUCUCAAAGAUGCUGACAAAGAAAAAGAUUUACUGAAUGCUACCAAACCAGUUUUGAAGUCAGCCAUUUGUUUCUGUAGGCUUCCACAAUGUCCUCCAAAAUGUACAAGAAUAAUGAUCCCCGGUUCAAUGUGCCAGGGACAUUUUAUGGGAAAAUAUCAUAUGCCGAGAUGGCAAUAUAGCAGGCCAACCCAACAGCAAUAUAUCCAAAGGCAAGAAAAUCAAACUAGGAAUAAACCGAACCAAAGGCACAAUAGCCGUAUAAGUUCAGGUGGGGAAUCUGUUCCGGAAGACCCGACUAGUCAAGGAUAUAAAAACGGUCAAAUAUAUGAGAUAGAAGAACAACGAGAUAACACUGAGAUCAACAAAAGUGAAAAAUGGUUUUAUAAGCAGCGCUCACAAUCUGCUCCCGAAUGCUGGAUACUUCAAGGCUACCAAAGAAACCAUACAAACAGAUCUGAAAAAUCAUACCUAUGUCAGUCGCCACAAUGUCGAACAUAUCAUGAAAACGUACUUGUACUACAGGAUGAAACUUGCGAAAGCGAAUCAGAUGAUUAUGAACUGGUAAGGGAUGACAAGGAUACUUCAAAUUCGAGGUGGUGUGAGUGUCAAACUCCGGAUUAUAGUAUCAAUGCCGACAUUCUGAAGCAACUUAGAGAGCAAGAAAGACCCUGUAAUCCCCAUCAAGUUCAGGGAAUUACCUCUAUUCCUAGAGGUAACCAAUGUCCAGAUGACUGUGAAAUUUUACAGCAAGAGCAAGGAAGAGAAAAUCCACCUUUGGUGCUGGUACCUUUUCGUAUGAAUAGAAGGAAAAUUUUAAGCAUUUCCCGACCGAAGAAAUGUGUAAAUAAAUCUGUGACUCUAAUGCAGCCACGAAAACUUCGAAGCUCUGAUAGUGCGGGGAUCAGAAACAUUGAGAACACCGUCCUUAUCGAGACAAGAACCCCAUGUAACAGGGAAAAUUUAUUGCAAACCUGCGGACGACCUCCUUGUAACUUCUGUCCUCGGCAAUACACUGGACUUCCUCCCAGUCUGCAGGCAGGAUUUAUGAUAUCAAAGCCCCCCGAUCAUACAAUACAACCGCAAACCUCUAUGAGUGCUCCACAAAACUUAGCACCUUUUGAUGAAAAUUACCUAAUAGAUCCUCGGGAUCAGUGGAGGACUAUUAAAUCACCAGCUUCAGCGCCAGUUAUGAAGGAUGAAUUUCAGCAUCAGGGUUUAAUGAAUUCCUAUCAGCCAACAAAUAGUCUAUGUCCUCAUUUUCAGGAGCAUCCAUCUUUAGGCUGCCAUCAGUUUAACAAUCCUGGCUACUACACCCAAAAACUGAAAGAUAACAUUAAUAUGCUUCCGGAGGGAUUCUACGAUCACACCGUAAACAAAUAUAACAUCACUAGAAUGGAUUCAAACUUUCAGCCGCCACCUUUGCUACCGGAAUUUCUUCUUGCACAACAGCAACAUUUUAUCAGACACCCAGCUUUCCCACAUGGCAAUCAAUUUCAACAGCACCUGGUAAUGGGAUCUGUUCAGCAACUCCAUCGUCCCUUUAUUCCAACGCAGAACCAAUACCCAGCUGAGCUCCAAACUCAUCCUACGAUGUUCUGUCCACAGCAAAGUGUAAAAUUAGAUGACUAUGAUCAAUCGGAAUACCAAAUUUAA